UUAACUCGCAGUCUAUUUCCGACUUAUAUAUGGUCGCGCCGGGUGUUUUUGCAUGCGAAUGAUAUUUUACAAAAAUCAAAUUCCAUAAUGCUGAAACUCGUACUCGCUCUGACGAUUGUGGCAGCGGCGCUGGCCGACACCAAAAAUUUCAAACCCAACUGCAACCACGAAACUACCGGUUUCGCCGAAUUCAACACCGCAUACUGCAAAUUUUACAGCUGUGAUGGCGGUCAACAACUGCGCCUGGAGUGCCGAAACGCAGGGGUCACCGAUGGCAACAGCAUGAAUAAUCACGUCCGUGAUGUCCUGGCUAACUAUUACCGGCGAGCCACGCAGCCGGGGGGAACACAGCCGCUGUUGCACCUGCAACUGUAUGGCCGGUUAUACAACAACGGCCGGAACGAACCGUUUACGGUCAACAGUGGUCUCCUCGGACUCUCCGCGGCACUCAUUCACCGCAUGUCCAUCGACACCCACUUUCUUACUUCUAUUUCAUCCGGCAGCACAUUCUGGUCCACCAUGCCGAACCUGAAAAUUGUGGAGAUUACGGUGCAAGAUACGAAUGGAAAUCCCCCGCCGACGUUUUUCGCCGGCGCGGACGCCCUGGAAAGCCUGCACCUGGAUCUCGGCGCAGCGCGGGAUUAUAAUUUCACCAGCCAGGUCAUCGAUCUGAAAUCCCUGCAGUGUUUUAAUCUGCGAGGGACCCGCUUUGUUUGUGAUUGUCAUAUGAUGGAAUUUAUGCGCCGGUCGCCGGCUUGGAGAAUGACCACUGACUACGAGAAUCCGCUGCUGGACGACGAUAUCUGGCAGUGCGGAACCCAUACCGGCGCGAAGUGCGGCGCCACGAUUCCCUCCCAUAACGGUAAAGCGUUGAACAACUUCAACUUCCCCGAUUGUCCGCAUAUUCCCUUCGUAUCCACCAUCCUUGGGGCGGCACCGCUGGCCGGAUCGCAAGUCUCCUGUGAUUACGAGAAUUUGCGUAUUAAGCUACGUAAUAUGGGAAUUGUGAAUCAUCUGAGUUUCCGGUUAAACGGUGACGCUGAUCCGCGUUGCGGAGGCACACUUAAAGCCGGGGUCAUCCAUUUCGACGUACCGGCAUCGGAAUGCGGAACCAAUGUGACUAUCAACCGUCAGGCCAAGUCAGUGUUGUAUCAAAAUAAGGUGGUGAUAACGCGCAAGACAAGCGGGACGGUGAUAACGAACCCCAGCGCACAGACGGUAUCCGGGAAAGUAGUGCCCAUUGAAUGCCGGUUGAAUCAGUAUGGUGAUUUGUCGCAGCAGUUCCAAGCUCCGUACCAGAUUUAUCCCAAACAACAUUGGGACGGUCGUGUGAGAAUCAAAAUGGAUGUUCUGCCUUCAACAUCAAUCUGGGGUGGAUUUGCUUUUGACCUUACGCUGGACACGACGGCUGCCGGCAACUGGUCCAUGUCCGUAGAAGACUGUUGGGCCACACCCACUAAUAACCCAUCUGAUGCCCUUCGCUACGAUAUUAUUAAAAGCGGCUGUUUCGUGGAUCCGACUGUCCACAUGGAAUCCCAAUCCGGCGACCAGUACAUCCGUCAAACCUACACACUGGAUGAAUUCCAGUUUUCUUCAACCCUAAACGCCCAGGUGUUCAUCCACUGCGAGGUGGAACCCUGCCAGAAGGGCAACGGCUACUGCAAGUUAACCCAGGAAGAACGCUGUGCUGCGCUGCAUACCACGCCCAUCGCACCAUCCACCGUCGCAACCACCACCACCAGCGAACCAGCGACCUUUACCGUAUUGACUACCAUAGAAACUACUACCGUACUAGAAUAUACAUCAACUGAGCACCAGACCGAUCCCACGACAACAGAAAAGCUUACAGAACCCACCGCGACCGUCGAGCAUCUUAACGAUUCCACAGGCAAAGACCAACCUGCUGAACUACUCACUGUUCCAACGCUUGAACCCGUACCACGUACCGAAGAUACUGCCGUAGAUCAGUGGGAACUGCUUGGGCGUGGUCAUCGUUUUCGGCCAGAUCCCUAUGUUCGACCUUAUCUCGCUACUAAGCAUCGUUUGGUGGGCCACAUAAUUCCUGGAUCAGUGACAACCAAGCGCCGAUAAUGGAUGUUCUGCGGUAUAUGCCUUCCUGGUUAUGAAAAACGGAAAGUUUUAUUACGCGCUCUGUUGUUGAAUAAAAAUCUUUUGUUUUUUUACAUACUUCUACAAGUUUUACUCAAUCAAAGGCGAAAGCCGGCAAGGCAUGCAACAGCAGUACGUUGCAUAUUAAUUUGAUACUGACA